AUGAACUUAAAUUAAAUAAAUAUUUAUCUAUUUAAUUCAUUUGAUAUCAACUAUUUUAAGAUAAUUCAAUUUAUUUUAAUAGUUCAGAAUACACCAGAAGAUUUCAUAAAGGUUACAAAACCACUUAAAACUGAUGGAGCUAUUCCAGGACUAGUUAUAUCCUAUCCAGUGAUAUAUAAGCCCUUGACACUAGUUUUAGAAUUUAAGAAAGUUGAUGGGUCAUUAGCUCUUUCCUUACCAUAUUACAUUCCAUAACUAGAAUAACGAUUAUAGUAUGUCUUGUUAGUCAAAGGCGUUCCAAGAUUUAUGAAAUCAACUUUACCCUUUAACUAAGGAUAAUUAGUAAAAAGCAAGUUAAGGUAGUGCCACAUAUUUCCUCUGGGUAAAUUUAGCUCUUUAGCAUUUCCUUUAAUUCCGACAAAUAGAUAGAAAUGUCCCAUUCCUAAAAUUAUAGUAUAAAAAUAGUAAGAAAUUAUGAAUCAUAAUAAAUCAAUAAAAAUUUACCAUCUUCGUAACGCUCUGGUAUGUUAUUUUUUUAUGGAAUAAGUUAAUUUGUAUAUUUUAUUCCAAUACUAGAGAUUACUAAAGGAGAGUCAAUUGUAGUGUCAUCAUUAACAACAACACCUUUCACUUAACCACCUUCAGUAAUAAUUUUAGUAACUCUAGCUCUACAUAAAACUUAACCACCAUUUGCUAAAAUAGUUCCCAUCAUACUUGAAACUAUCUCCAUAGUACCACCUUAAGGAUAAAUAGAUCCAUUUAAAUAAUGAUUUAGCAAUGACAUCUAAUCAGAAAAAUCAACAUUUUCAUAAUGCUGUGAGUCUUUUGUUGUUGAUUAUUCCUGUUUUCUCCAUAAUAUCUUUAGUAGAUUUUUUAUAGACAUCUGAAUAAAGUAUUGAUAAGCCAAAUAGACAAAUCUUUUAUAAGAAUGUCGGAACAACUAAAUACAUUAAAGCUUUAUAAGAGCCACAUGCAGCUGCACGUCUUGAUAUAUCAAAAUAUUUUUAGAUAGAUUCUUUCAUGUCAGGGAAUUCGUUUUUUAAAUUCUCAAUAAAGGUUCUUUUAGGGGCUAUAAACUUAAAUGGUUUCUCAUCAUUAAAUUUGAUUGUAUCAAAUUCUUAACAGAUGUUCCAUUUAAUAUCUUUACUCAUUGUCAUUUUCCAUAUUUUCAUAUAGUCAUCUCUAUUACCUUUAUAAUUAUUAUCAAAAAUAUUAUUCAUUAAUUCAUUAAUAUUAAAUAAAAUAUCAUUACCUAUGUAAUGGAAUCCUGUGUCAAAAGCAUAACCUUAUUCAGUAUAUGAGUGA